UUACAACGUUAUGCAAUGGAAUUGCUGUUGUGGAUAGCAUGCAACAUGGGACGUGGCGAGCUCACCGAGGAGGACAAUGAAGCAUUGAGUGCAUUGCUGAAAUUAAGAGCACUGAAAAGCAAACAAAUCAACAAUCUUUUCAGCAUUGCAUUGAAGUAA